AACUCCCAGUGUGGGCAAGGAGAACGGCGGAAGUGACGUUGUAGGAAGCAGGGAAGGCUGCUGUGCCAGAGCUGGUAAUGAUGGCCGCGGUGUGGAGCCCUGUCCUGCUGCUUCUCCAGUCACUGCUCCUGGGGUUCCUGUCAGGCAGUGCCGCCGCCGACCUUACAGAUGGCAACAGUGAACACAUGAAGCGGGAGCAUUCGCUUAUCAAGCCGUACCAGGGGGUGGGCUCCAGCACAAUGCCGCUAUGGGAUUUCAUGGGCAGUACAAUGCUAACAAGCCAGUAUGUGCGCCUGACACCAGAUGAGCGGAGCAAGGAGGGAUAUAUCUGGAAUAGUAUGCCUUGUUUCUUGAAGGACUGGGAGAUGCAUGUACAUUUCCGGAUCCAUGGUGCUGGGAAAAAGAACCUUCAUGGAGACGGCUUUGCUCUGUGGUAUGCGAGGGAUCGUCUACAGCCAGGGCCGGUGUUUGGAAAUCAAGACAAGUUCCAUGGCUUGGCGGUAUUUGUAGAUACAUAUCCCAAUGAUGAAACCACAGAGCGUGUCUUUCCAUAUAUCUCGGUCAUGGUAAACAACGGCUCCUUGGAGUAUGACCAUGGUAAAGACGGGCAAACGGUGGAAUUAGCGGGCUGUACAGCUGAUGUUCGCAAUAGUAACCAUGACACUUUUGUAGCCGUUCGAUACUCUCGUGGACGUCUUACGGUAAUGACAGACAUUGAAGGUAAAAAUGAAUGGAAGAAUUGUGUGGAUAUUUCUGGUGUUCGAUUACCAACAGGGUACUUUUUUGGAGCAUCUGCAGCAACUGGAGAUUUAUCAGAUAAUCAUGACAUUAUUUCUAUGAAGUUGUACCAGCUUAUGGUUGAGCACUCGCCAGAUGACGAAAAUAUUGACUGGACAAAAAUCGAGCCCAGUGUAAGCCUGCUGAAGUCUCCAAAAGAUAAUGUUGAUGAUCCAACUGGCAACUUCCGCAGUGGCCCUCUGACUGGUUGGAAGGUGUUUCUUCUGCUGCUCGCUGCUCUUUUGGGAAUUAUAGUCUGUGCUGUUGUAGGAGCUGUUGUCUUUCAGAAACGUCAGGAAAGAAACAAGCGUUUCUAUUAACUGAAUGCUCUGGCAAUAUACACGUGCUAGAAUGUGAACUUUUCCCCCACUCACGAAACACGGAUUGUACAAAUGUUUCUUAUGUGGGUAUAGAAGAUAAUUUAAGUGGUAUUUUCAUACUUUUCAUUUAUGGGAAUGAAUGCCAUGGAAAGGUGGGUGGGAGAGGACAAUCACUUUUUAAAGACCACGUUUUUCUUUUGGGGAAGGUCUUAUUAAUUUGAUUUAUUUUUUUAAUAUAACUGACUUUACUGGAGUGUGCAUUAUGUAUAUUUUUUGGGAAGAGAAGUGGCUGCAUAGUUUUUAAGAUUAUAUAUAUUUUUUUUUUUUUAAUGCUACAUCUGCAGACUUGCUCUAGGGAUGUU